UGGUUUGGUAGGUAAUCUGCGCCACCCCGGCAUGGCCCACGGUGAACACGACGGCCUCAGCCCUUAAUCGAAGGCUCCACCAGCCGUCACAGCCUCCCCACGCCACGACCUUCCUCCACGUCAACCGCUCCGCAGUGUUGCCAACCAGUGCCGAAAGCCCCGAAGCGCUGCCCACCACUGCCCCUUUACGUGUCCGGAACCGGCAUCCUCCCCACCCGUUCCAGCGCAAUCUACGUAUCCUCCAGGACAGCGCUUCACGUCCACUCACCACACCGCAGCCAUGGCCGUGUCGAUCCAGGACCGCACCGAUGAGUUCCGCUCGAUCCUCGCCCAGGCCCAGCGGCGACAGGCGCAGUCCAAGACCGGAGCGCAGCGCCAGUCGCUCCUCACAGCCCAGGAAAAGGCCCAGGCCAACCCCUCGCCGCAACGGCAGCGCUCAGAGUUCGCGCGCAAUGCCGCCGAAGUCGCGCGAGGAGUCGCGAGCACCAUGCAGAAGCUGGAGCGCCUGUCGCAGCUCGCCCGGCGCAAGACACUGUUCGACGACCGGCCCGUAGAGUUCGACGAGCUGACCUUCGUCAUCAAGCAAGACAUGACGGCGCUCUCUGGGCAGGUCCAGAAGCUGCAACAGAUGAACGCGAAACUGCACCCCAAGGUCAAGCCAGGCGCGGACCAGGAGGGGGAGCACAACAGCAACGUGGUUCUGCUGCUGAAGGACAAGCUGCAGAACGUGGGCACAAACUUCAAGGACGUGCUGGAGGUGCGGACAAAGAACAUGCAGGCAUCGCGCUCGCGAACAGAGCAAUUCCUCUCGACUGCGCAGUCUUCGUCCUCUCUCGACCCGAGCCGGACCGACUCGCCAUUGUACCAGACUCCACAACGAGGCCGCUCCCCAGGCGGCUUCAAGAACACAAAUGCCGCACAACAGGAUCUGCUCUCUCUGGAGCCAUCAGGAUCAUCAGCUCUCACGCGUGGUGGAUCUCAGUCAGAUGCACAGCUCAUGCUCAUGGAGGAAGCACAGCCCCAGAACGCUUACAUCCAAGAGCGAGGACGAGCGAUAGAGUCGAUCGAGUCCACAAUUCAAGAACUCGGCGGAAUCUUCAGCCAGCUGGCACAGAUGGUAUCUGAGCAGGGCGAGCAGAUCCAGCGUAUCGAUGCGAACACCGAGGAUGUGGUCGACAACGUCGAGGGUGCCCAGCGCGAGCUGAUGAAGUACUGGAGUCGCGUCCAGGGCAACAGGUGGUUGGUUGCAAAGAUGUUCGGUGUCCUCAUGAUAUUCUUCCUUCUGUGGGUACUUAUCUCGGGAUAGACAUUUUUCACGUUGUUUGAUGUACUCUUUGCAUAUCUCCGGCGUUCAGGAAGACAGGCACUACCCACACCAGCAUCGCCCUGGCUGGCCUUUGUGUGCUGCAAUGACUCGCGCACGUUGCAUACGGCCUUGCAUCUUGCACAUACAUGUUACGUUGUAUUUCUAUGUCCCUUCACCGUUUAGGAUCUGCACAAACUUUUCGUCAAGACCGGAACGACAUAUCCCAGCUAUUAGUCUUUGUAAUACAUCUUCAUUGCCAUCUCAUCGCA